UUGUUGACUGAAACUUACACUGAAAUGAAACUAAAAGAAAGGUCACAUGGGCGAGUGAGAUAAAACAGGUUUGGUUACAUAUCUUGUCUCAUUUGUCAUGUUCUUGACUCACCGUCCUGUCGAUGUGUCUCUACUGAACACAAACUCCAGUUAUUAUGGCCGACGCUUAUUCUUUUCUGGAAGAUGAUUUGACGUGUGUUAUCUGUUGUGAUGUCUUCACUGAUCCGGUAACUCUGAAGUGCAGUCACACUCUGUGUGAGAAGUGCCUGGAGCGCUUCUGGAGCACUCGGGACGUGCCACAAUGUCCGGUGUGUCGACAGGAAUGUUCCCAAGAGGAGCCCUCCAAGAGUCUGGCCUUCAGAGUGCUCUGUGAGUCCUUCAAGAAAAGAAAGCCCGCCGCCACUGUUUCAGACGACGUCUGUCCAGAACAUAAAGAGACACUCAAACUCUUCUGCUUCGAGGACAAGCGGCCCAUAUGUGUGGUCUGUUACACCUCAAAGAAUCAUCACAAUCACAUGUGUUCCCCUGUGGAGGAGGCUGUCGGGAAUUUAAAGGAGGAUCUCAAGGCACGGAUGGAGGAACUACAGGUGACCCUCGCUGACCUCAGUGAAGCCCAUGACAGCUCUGUGAAACAGGCUGAGCUCCUCAAGGAGCACAGCAGCACUGCAGAAAACCUGAUCAAGAAGGAAUUUGAGAAACUCCAUCAGUUUCUGAGAGAGGAGGAGGAGAAGCAGAUCAGAUCCUUGCGGAAAGAACCGGAUCCUCAAGUUGAGGCCAGAAUGGAGGAGAUCUCCACACUGAUAGUAGAUCUGUCUGAGAAGGUCGCAGCUGUGUGGCAGGACAUGGAGGCAGAAGACAUCACAUUUCUCCAGAAUUACAACGAAACCUUAAAGAGACUCCAGCGCCCAAUAAUAUCAAACAUGCACCCUCAAAUCAUUAUGAAAGAUAAACCUCAAACCUUUCAGACAAUGAUCUUCACCACCUGGGCCAGAAUGCAGAACCUUGUGUUACAGGCUCCGGUGACGUUGGACCCAGACACAGCUUCUAAUAGGCUGCUGGUGUCGGAGGACUGCAGCAGUGUGCAGCAUGUGGAUGUGAAGAUGAAUGUGUCCAAUCAUCCACAGAGGCUGUAUGUGGGCGUUUUGGCCACGCAGGGCUUCAACUCCGGUAUACACUACUGGGACGUUGAGGUGAGAAACAACAACCACUGGACGCUCGGUGUGGUGGGGGAAACGGUCAACCGGAAAAAACUGUACAAAAUGGAUCCCAAAAGUCGUUUUUGGUGUUUACGUUACGUGGAUGGCUCAUACAGGAAAGGUCCCACACCUGGCAUAGAUAUCGAGGUCAACGAGAGGCCGUGGGUCAUCAGGGUGCAACUUGAUUUCGACAAAGGGGAGCUGAGAUUCAUCGACCCCUUCAGAAGCAGAAGUUUGUGCACUUUCACUGGAGGAUUUGCUGAGAAGGUCUUCCCAUACUUCUGUACUGGAGACGCGAACACGCCAAUUAAUCUUUAUCCCGCCAAUUCAUGCCAAUACUAAACCUUUUUUAGCGGCCUGGUUCUGUCUUGGAGAAUUCCUGGUUUUUGUGGGAUCUGGGAGCUCUGAGGACCAUCUGUCAUGCUCUGUUAGCUAAAAUAAUACAUAUUAAAAUACUUAAACAUCUGUCGUCUUGUCAAUCAUGUCGCUCGUUCUCAUUAUAUUGUAUCUGCAGUGAAUUAUUGAGGCUUAAUGCCGUUUUUAUGCCAUGUUGUUCAUAACAGUUGCCAGUAGAGGGCGCUGUC